UUACACUUAGGCGUUGUGGAGCUGCCGGACCGCAAGAAUAAACUAAGCAUUAAUAUUGUUUUCUCACUCACAAGAAAUCCUUUACUCUUCUUUUAGGCUCAUCAUGGGUCGUUCGUCAAAGGAUAAGCGUGACAUCUACUACAGAUUGGCAAAGGAGGAAGGCUGGAGAGCGCGAAGUGCAUUUAAGCUCCUUCAGAUUGAUGAAGAAUUCAACAUUUUCAAUGGUGUGACACGUGUUGUUGAUCUGUGUGCUGCACCUGGCAGUUGGAGUCAAGUUCUGUCAAGAAAACUGACAAAUGACGGCCAGUCCUGUGACGGAGUCAAGAUCGUGGCCGUGGACCUGCAGGCGAUGGCUCCGCUGCCGGGCGUGGUGCAGAUCCAGGGCGACAUCACCAAGCAGUCGACGGCCGAGGAGAUCAUCACGCAGCUGGACGGACAGCAGGCGCAGCUGGUGGUCUGCGACGGCGCGCCCGAUGUCACUGGCCUGCACGACCUCGACGAGUACAUCCAGGCGCAGCUGCUGCUGGCUGCGCUCAACAUCACCACCCACGUGCUGACGCCGGGCGGCACCUUCGUGGCGAAGAUAUUCCGCGGCAAGGACGUGACGCUGCUGUACUCUCAGCUAAAGGUGUUCUUCCGACGCGUCACUGUUAGCAAGCCACGCAGCUCGCGCAACUCCAGCAUAGAGUCGUUCGUUGUCUGCGAGGACUACCGGCCGCCCGAGGGGUACGUGCCGAACCUGACCAACCCGCUGCUGGACCACCAGUACUCGGACCUGGAGGGGCUCACCGGGCCUAACCGGAUCAUCGUGCCGUUCAUGGCCUGCGGUGACCUCUCCGGCUACGACGCCGAUCUCACCUAUCCACUCAAGCUCAGCGAGGAUGCCGAGUACGAGUACCGCGAGCCGACCCAGCCGCCCAUCAACCCGCCCUACCGGGACGCCGUCACCAAACGACGUGCCGACGGCCUGGCCAAGCCCGACGGCGAUCAGCUGACCAGCUCCGGCGGCGAUCAGCUGACUGGACAGGACCAGCUGGCCGGGUCCGACGGCGAUCAGACGGUCAAAUCCGAUGGUGAUCAGCGGGCCGAGCCUGUUGGCGACCAGUGAAUUAAUGUUGCUAUCGUGUUAUCUUUCUAGAAAAUGUCAUUGUCGGAUCACCGUCGGCCGACGCUGCUCUGCGACUCGGUGUUGAAAAGUCGGUGUCCCGAACAACCGAACCGUGGACUGGGCUACAGCGAUGCAGCAGAAGUCGUGAGCGUUGAGCCUCGCCGUAGAAUGUGCCCCAGGCGCGGUUCCGUUGCUGAAGGCACGAGGCGAGUUACAGCGGUCUCCUCUUACCGGGUUUCAUGUAUAUGUGCAUUGUGUUGCGAUCUAUCAGCAGUAUGUGUAAAGAUGGCAGUGCGCGAAAUAUGUCUUUGGUAGGAUUAUGCUGUGUCCGUGACGUGGGGGACUCAUUGAACUUGAAUCGAUUAACUUUUAUGCAUAAACGCAUCUGCUCGUAUUUUCUUUGGUGAUGUGAUGAAAUGCUUGUGAUGAGCGACGCAUGCGUCAGGUCAGGAACCGUUCGCGACGUCGUGCAAUGACUUACGUCUAUUCCUUCACCCAUUUCCAAUGACCUGCGCAAGGGUGAUCGUCACGUCGUAGCCAGUGGGCACUACCCCACCCGACUGUGGGGAGAGCGAACGCAGCCUGAGAGUGGAACGCGACCCUGCUGACAUGAGACUGAGGCUACCACCAGGAAGAUGAACAUUUCAGCGGAGGCUAUUACCGUCCAGUUCACCAGCCAUCCAGCGCGCCAGCCCAUCAUUUGCUAUUGACAAUCUGAUGGCUAAACUAGAA